AUGACAUUAUUCCGUGGUCCAUCGUUGACAGUAAUUUUCUUAUGCGUUUUUAUGGCUAUUGCCAUUUUUGGUCAAAGAAAUACGAAUAUAUGUGAUUGGAUUCAAUGUGCAAAUGGUGGUGAAUGUCAAAUAGAUGAAAAUUCGAAUAUGGGUUAUAAAUGUCGAUGUCCAUUUGGUUUUACUGGCUUAUUAUGUGAAGAUCUAUUAAAUAUAACAACAUGUUUAAGAAAUCCAUGCAAACAUAAUGGAAAUUGUACAAUAACAAAUGAUCAUCAAGUUAAAUGUACAUGUCAGAAAGGAUUUACAGGUGCUCGUUGUGAAAUUUUAAUUUAA